AUGUCAGACAUUUCAAAAUUUCACCUAUCCACUGCAUUAGAGGUCAUCUAUUUAGAUAUUAUGAAAGAUGAUAACAUUCUUGUGUUUAUUUUGGGCAUUGAUGAAUUGAACCAUUUGUAUAACAAGUCUGAUAGUAUUUGUCAUGAUCUUGUGCGGGCUAUUGGAAGAACAUUAUGCUCAACACCAAAAAAGCUUUUUCUUAUUCCUAUAUUAGCUGGAACAAUUGAAGGACCAUUGGAUCAAUAUAUUAGAAGCUCUAUGCAUAUACCACUCUGUUUACCACUCCCCCUUCUCAGCAAUGACAUGAUGCUUAGCAUUGGCAGAGGUAUUGGCAUUAAUGAUGACUAUCUUCACUGCAACUUUGUGUUUCGUUGCUGCAUUAGUGACAUUGGUAGCCAUUUUAAGGCAUUGGAACUAUUCUACCAAUUAUUUAUCCAAGGAUUGGCAAAAAGAAUGAUGUUACAAAGGUUUGCAUUAAAGAUGUGA